AUGGUUCUGAGCCGCCCGACGCUGGUCAUUGAUAUCAAUGGGUCCCUCUUCCAGCGCUGCCUUGUAGAUACAUCUGAUCAUUCUCAACAGUGCUUCAUAUUCGUCGACACGAUGGUAUCUUCACGACCUUCAGCUGAAGAGCUGCGCACGUCGUGCUCUUCAUCUUCCACAACGACGAUAGCAUCCACAUCCUCAUCACCUCAGUCGAGCUUCGCGUCUGCUGACGCGACAGCGGUCAACACUGCCGCACCUACACGACGAAACAGCAUCUCGUGUACCAGUGCUCUUUCUUCGCCUUCCAGCGCCAAGACGCCAGAGCUCAAAUCCGACCGCUCACAGCAAGAGGGAGUCUCACCAAAAUGUCUCGCCCAGCGUCUACUCGAGCAGAAAUACCCUCACGACUUUGCUGCAACCCAAAAGCAGCUUGCUGAAGCAGACGUCGACACCUGCGCCAACACCUUGGUCGCAAACACCCCUCGCGCAUCCUUCGACAAGCUCGACCGUCCUCCUUUCUCCAAGCUACAGGAUGUCGAAAAGGCAGCUUCCACAUCAGAUCCAGGUUAUGGCCCAGCACCCGAUGGUGGACUUCAAGCCUGGCUCGUCGUCGCCGGCACCUUCCUCCUCAUCAUGACCAACUUCGGUCUCCUCACAUCCUACGGUGUCUUUCAAAGCUACUACGUCUCCCGCCAGCUCUCUCACCUCCCUGCAUCGACGGUGUCGUGGAUCGGAAGUCUGCAGACGUUCAUGAUCCUCGGUGGCUCCUUCGUGUUCGGCAAGAUCUCGGAUGACUUUGGUGGUCGGUGGGUGUUGAUCUGCGGAAGCUUGGUGACGUUCGUCUCGAUGUUGGGUGUUUCGUUCUGUUCGACAUUGAUACAGUUCAUCGUGGUUCAAGGUGUACUGUUCGGGUUGGGAGGAAGUAUGCUUUUCUUGCCCGGAUGUGCGUUGGUCAACCAGUACUUUGAUAAGCGGAAAGGUACGGCUAUGUCGGUGAUAAUCGGAGCGGCCAGUUUCGGAGGCAUCAUUUGGCCCCUCAUCCUGCAGGCGUUGUUCGAUAUGCCUGGUAUCGGGUUCGCUUGGGGUGUCAGGAUCGCUGCUUUGCUACUGGCUAUUCUUCUCACCAUCAGUAACAUCCUCAUGCGUCCGAGAUUGCCACCUACACCGAAACACCUUCGUCAACCAUGGUCGCAAGCCGCGAUACUCCUGACGCAGGAUCCUUCGACGUACACGCUGUUCGUCGUUGGAGUCGCCAUUCUGUUCAUCAACUUCUUCGUACCCUUCUUCACCAUCGCUUCGUACGCCAAGAAGGUCGGAUUCACACCUUCCAUGGCAACCCACAUGGUGGCCAUCAUGAAUGCUGCCAGCAUGAUCGGUCGUCUGGCCUCGGGCCCGCUGGCGGACAGGUACGGUCGAUUCAACGUCUUGUCGUUGUUCGGUUUCGCCAGCUUUGUGUCGUUGGUGCUGUUCUGGCCGAUUCCGGGGUUGACGUUGACCAAGGCGGGAGUGGUGACACUGUCCAUCACCUACGGAUUGGCGUCCGGAGGAAGCAUUGCCACGGUGGGAUCGUGCGUUGCACAGAUUUCGAGAGAGAACGCAGGGGCGAGAUUGGGCUUGACUUGGAGUAUGGCUGCACCGGGUGCUUUGGUUGGACCGGUCAUCAGCACGGCAUUGGUGGCCAAAAUGGAUGGGAGGUACACGGCUUUGGCCAUGUGGGCGGCCGGUACGACGCUGAUUGGAUCGAUCGUUAUUGCGAGGGUGAGAUUCACUCUUGCCGGAGGGAAGUGGAGAGUCAAGGUCUGA